AUGUCCUCCAGCACUUCUCCCAUCGACAAGCAGAAGUCGGCUCUUUCUGCUUCCUCUGCGCCGCGCUCCCCGACUGCUAGCAUCGCACCCUUGCUCCCCGCUCAUCUCUCGAAUCGUGCUAGAGAUCACAGCUUAGACAUACCCAGUAUAGUUUGCACGCCAAACCCGUCGGAACUCAGCCUCGAUGUCCCUAUUCAGCCACGCACUAGCAGCCUCAAUCGCCACUCUGCCGACGACGACGAUAGCCCCAUAAUGACGGCUGUUCAGCAAGUUCCUUAUCUCUCUUCCAGCGCAGAGCCCGAGGAUGCCAAGAUGGACACGUCGACCAAUCAUCACAGCGUCAAUACACACGACCUUGCCACGCUUUCCUACAGCGUCGACGUAGGCUCUCCAUCCUCAACUACACCGCGCUAUACCAACGUGGGCAUGUCGAGGCCGCUCUCGUAUCAUCCUGACGACCAAAAAGUCAAUCCACGCGCGGUGCGUGAUCCAUUCAGUCUGCCCACAUCGCUCGUCGGCUCAACCGUCAGCAUGAACGGCUCCACUGCCACUUCGGAGGCUCGCGACUUCUUCUCCAACCCUUACUCAUGGGAUACCAUGGACGGCAAACAGGAACCCGACGAUGAUCUGCAUGAUCCGCAAGUACUCCCCGAUAUCAAGCAUGGCUGGUUCGGCGGCGCCGUUGGAAGCAGGGGCGUGCUCAACGUCGGUGUCCUCGCCCUUCUCUCGAUGGCACUCGUCCUGCUCUUCGGCGGAUAUCCAAUCAUCUCAUACUUUGGCCGCCGUCACGAGAGCACCAAGGGUGGUUACAAUCUCGGCGGCGUCAAUGCGUCGGGCCAGAUCGCCAGCAUCCCUGGUCUGCGUUCCUCGCUCAUCGACCCCGACACUCCUCAAGACGCUCGCACGCGCCUCAGCCCAGAUGGCACCAAAACCAUGAAGCUUGUCUUUUCCGAUGAGUUUAAUACCCCCGGUCGUUCCUUCUAUCCUGGCGAUGAUCCGUUCUGGGAAGCUUCCGAUCUGCACUACUGGGCCACCAACAAUUACGAGUGGUACUCGCCCGAAGCCGUCACCACUAGGGAUGGUGCGCUGCGCAUCACCCUCGAUCAGGUCCAGACCAACAACCUCAACUUUCGCGGUGGGUUUCUCAGCUCCUGGAACAAAUUUUGCUUCACCGGUGGCUACCUCGUGGCCAGUGUCCAGCUGCCUGGUGCUGCCAGGGUCGCUGGUCUCUGGCCAGCCUUCUGGACCAUGGGCAAUCUUGGCCGUGCAGGAUACGGCGCCACAACCGAUGGAACUUGGCCUUAUUCGUACACUGCAUGUGACGUCGGAACGCUCAUGAACCAGACCGACGCCAAUGGCCAGCCUGCCGCUGCUGCUAUCGGUGGCGAUGUCAUGUGGAACAGGAAGGCCGAAUCUACCUCGCUCUCCUUCCUGCCUGGUCAGCGUCUUUCCGCUUGCACUUGCGCUGGCGAUGAUCACCCUGGUCCAUUGCUCAAGGAUGGUACCUAUCGUGGACGCAGCGCACCCGAGAUUGACGUUUUCGAGGCCCAGGUCGACGGUACCCUCGGCAUGACCGUCUCACAAUCCAUGCAAACGGCCCCUUUCAAUAUGUACUACAACAUUACCAACACCACCGGUCCAGCCUAUGAGUUCUUUCAGCCCGACUCACACCUCAACUUGUACACGGGCCAGAACGAUCAGCAGGCUCUCAGCGGAAUCACCGUUGCCUCGCAACUUGCCGUGCAGCGUGGCGGCGACGGCAGUUACGCAACGUAUGGCUUCGAGUACGAGCCCGGCCCACAAGGAUACAUUGAUUGGGUGUCGAAUGGCCAGCGGGCGUGGAAGGUGCACUCUGCUGCGCUCGCUGCCGAUCCUGUCAGCCAGAUCAGCGAUCGUCCCAUUCCCGAAGAGCCCAUGUACAUUAUCUUCAACUUGGGCAUCAGUGAGAACUUUGGCUUCCCCGAUUGGCGCCACCUUCGCUGGCCUGCUGUCAUGUCGGUCGACUGGGUACGUGUCUACCAAGAUCCCGAUGCGGAAAACGUCGGGUGCGACCCGCCCGACUUCCCCACCGCCGAUUACAUCGAGCGUCAUCGAGCAGCCUAUUACAAUGCCAACUACACUGUGUGGGGUGGCUCCCCCGAUCAGGGCGGCUAUGGCGGUCUCUGGCCCCGAAACAAACUGUACCCCGAAGGUUGUUCCGCUCCCACCAGUACACAACCAGGUUCCCCCGUAAAACCUUAUCCGCAGGCUAGCCCCGUACCCUCUAGUCAGAUUGCUGUCGGUCAGAACUAG